GGAAGAAGGGGGUGAAGCAGGAGAAAGAAAGCCUAUAACAGGAUUUACAGAGCGAUCAAGUGACAGCUUGUACAGGCAGCAGAAGCAGAGAUACCUGAUUCCAUGUAUUGCAAGGAAACCAUGAGAAUCUAUUCCUGACUCAUACAAAUCAUUUCCUCACCCCCUCAGUGUCAGAACUGUGAUCUAGCAGAGUCUGCAGAUGAAUACAAAAAGAAGAGAAUUUUACAGUACUUAACUUUACUGGAUCACCAGGAUAGAAUACCAGCAGAUAACUGGCCAAGUAGAAACUGACAAUGGAGCACUGUGCAAAAAAUCCAUAUGUGAGGACCAGCAGCAACAAGUGCAUACUGAGGUCAGAGCUGUUGUCACUUUUAAGAACUUACAACUGUUUUCAUGAAGGAAAGAGCUUCCAGCUAUGGCAUCAUGAGGAGGAAGGAGAACUUGUGGUAGAAGGCCUUCUAAAUAUUUCAUGGGGUUUGCGACGGCCAAUCAGACUACAGAUGCAUGACGAUAAUGAGCGGAUAUGUUUCAGCCCCUCAGAGCCCUGGAGGCAAGAAUCUCUAAGUAAAAUCAGGCCAGAGAUGUUGCCAGUGGAAAGUCCAUACGACCCUGAAGAGUUGAAUAACAAUGCCAAUAGCAGAAAUACAAGUGAGGAGGAAACCCCACAGCUGAAAAGGACAAGAAGUGAUGCCAGUUUUGUUCAAAUGCGAACAAAGCUUCGAAGCCCAGGAGAAGUGCAGAAACUGAAAAGUCAUAGGUUCUCUAUCAAUGGUCACUUUUACAAUCACAAGACUUCUGUGUUUACACCAGCCUACGGAUCAGUAACAAAUGUUCGAGUUACAAGUAAAAUGAAUACAUGUCAAGUCUUGAAGCUGCUGCUAUGGAAAUUCAGGGUGGAAAACAGUCCUAAUGAAUUUGCACUUUAUUUGCUUCAUGAAUCAGGGGAGAGAACAAAACUUGGAGAAACAGAGUUCCCACUGAUCUGUAGGAUCUUGCAAGGACCCAGUGAGAGGAUUGCCAAGAUAUUCAUGAUGGAGACUGAUCUUGGAGAGGAAAUUUCACAUGAUGUGGCCCAGUAUAUUAAGUUUGAGAUGCCUGUGUUGGAUAGUUUUGUUAAGAAACUGAAGGAAGAAGAAGACCGAGAGAUCAUCAAACUGACUGAAAAAUAUAAUGCCCUACGUAUGAUGAUGGUGCAGCGCUUGGAGCAAUUACAUAUUUGUGAAAGUUAUGCCUGAACAACCCUUUCUGUGCCACAAAGAACAGAUGUGGGCAGAACUACCUGUUACACUACUGUGAUCAGGGACAUAGUAUUUAAAUUGCAAUGCAUGCCUCACUUGCAGUUGCAUACUUGCUCGAGUUGAUGUUCUUGUUUCUCAGGAAAGGGAUAACGCCUUAGAGACUUAGCUAUGCACAAAUGCAAACAGUUUAGUUUCAUGAACUCUGUUUUUGAAGCUAAGUGAAGAGAAAAAAAAUUGGAUAGAAAUUAAGCUGGAUCAUGUAGAAUUCAAAGCAGUUCCAAAAUGCAAGAAAGUAUCUGGAGCAGUAGCCCUGUAACUACUGACCAUCCACUUCCUCUCCACUGGAAUUGCAGCUGUUUGCUAGGAUGUGAUCUACAAGGUUAAGUGUCAAGGGCAUAUCCAUGGUUAUACUUUUUAUCUCAAGCACAGUUUACAUUUUGAUGUGAGCAGAGGUGAGCAGUUCAAAGAACACAAAUUCAGUACUUUUAUACUAUGAAAUUAAAAAGAAUAGAUCACUUACCUGUCUAUUAAUUUGCUAUUAACUACACAAAAAUAGCAAAUUAUAUCUAGGCACUGUGCCGACAUGAGUCUAAUUUUUUUUUAUUUGAUUCUCCCACAAAAAUGGUAAAGAGUUUCACUCAGGACUACUAUAGACAGCCUGAUCGGUUUUUUUUGGGCUAAGAUCUACAGGGAUCAUUUAAUUAAGUUGGUCAUACAUAUAUUUUUAACGAUUAUAAAAAGUACAUAUGUUGGACCAACGAUCCCCACAAAAAUCUGUAUAUUAUUGAUAUUGGUGUUUCAGUUGUUACAGUUUCAUCUUUUGAUACACCUUGUCAGCCAGUUCAUGAUGAAUGAGCAGAAGAGUGGCCAUGCCAUUAAAAGAGAAAGAAAGGCUAAUAAAGACUUAAUCUCAAGCUGCAGGCAUACCUUCAAUUCUCUCAAUAGUGCCCUUAAGUCUCCUCAUAUUUCUCCCGUUCAGAUGAUCAAAAGCCAAACAGGAAGGAAAAACACUGAGCUGUGUAAAGAAAGUUCCCAUAAUGCCUCACUCCUGCACCAAGAUCCAGACCACUCACAUGCUCAGUUAGUUGGACUAUGAGAAAGCUUCCUGCUGAUUGGCUCUAAGGAGGGGAGUGAGUUCCUAGCAUUCUUGAGGGAGGGGGGAGCAGGAGAGGGGAGAGAGCAGAGAGCUGCGUGUCUCUGGCAGAGGAAAACAGACACAACAAAUCUUUUGACAGGGAACUCAGUGCAGUGUUUCUGUGAGUGCUUAUGCCUGUAUUUACAUAGACCUUUCUGAUAAAGCAUACUUUUUUUUUUUUACCUUUCUUUCUCCUUUAAUGGCCCUUAGUGUGAUAUCAGUCCAGUGAGACCGUAGGCCAAUCAGUUAAAACGUGCGUUCAGGAAUCAUCUUGACAGUUUUUUUCCUUCUAAGAUGAGAUCUCUUUAAAAUAAACAGUGUAUUGUGACAAUUUAGUUUACUAUUUCCAUAAUAAACAUUAAAGGAAUAGUAACAAUAAAAUUAAAUUUUAACCUGA